GCCAUCACGCGUGAUCGCAACGGUCGAGAGGUGACCUUCCGUGUCCUUAGCGCACAAGUCAGUCUAUCGUCAGCUGCUGAAAGAUCUGUUUCGCGAUUUCAACGGCCUGUCGAGAUAACUCUCGUUCACACGAACCACCGUUUGAUCUUUCCGCUCCUGUCACGUAAAGCCACACAAAAAGUCUGCCAAAAUGGUCUGGGUCACCGUCGACGAUCAGAUGUCUGGCGAGCCUAAUACCAAGGCGUUGUACGCCCAGAGUCAGCUGGACCACAUGUGCGCCCUGGACAUCGACAGCCAGGUGUCGUUCGUCCGGUUAUCGGGCAUCAUCUGCACAAUCGGUCCCGCGUCCCGAUCUGUCGAGACUCUGGAGAAAAUGAUCGAGACGGGAAUGAACAUCGCCCGGUUGAAUUUCUCUCACGGAUCCCACGAGUAUCACGCGGAGACCAUCGCCAACGUUCGCCAAGCGCAAAAGAACCUGACCGCUCGUUCCGGCAUCAACAUUCCCGUCGCAAUCGCUCUCGACACGAAGGGCCCGGAAAUCCGCACCGGUCUCCUAGAAGGCGGUGGAUCGGCCGAAGUGGAAUUGGUCAAAGGCCAGACCUUCAAACUGUCCACCGAUAAAGCGUACAUGGACAAGGGAAACGCCCAGACCGUCUUUGUUGACUACGAGAACAUCUCGAAGGUGUUAAAGACGGGAAACCGCGUGUACGUGGACGACGGUUUGAUUUCUCUCAUCGUCACCGCCAUCAGUCCCAAUUUGAUCUCGACCACCGUUGAGAACGGUGGCAUGUUGGGUUCCCGCAAAGGUGUGAAUUUACCGGGAGUGCCGGUCGAUCUUCCGGCAGUCUCGGAAAAGGACAAGUCCGAUCUUAAGUUCGGCGUCGAGCAGGACGUCGACAUGAUAUUCGCCUCGUUCAUCAGAAACGCCGCCGCGCUGACCGAGAUUCGUGAGAUCCUAGGCGAGAAGGGCAAAAAUAUCAAGAUCAUAUCGAAGAUCGAGAAUCAACAGGGCAUGACGAAUCUCGACGAGAUCAUCGACGCGUCCGACGGUAUUAUGGUUGCGCGCGGCGACUUGGGAAUAGAAAUACCGCCGCAGAAGGUAUUUCUCGCGCAGAAGUGUAUGAUCAGCAGGUGCAACAAAGUGGGCAAGCCGGUGAUCUGCGCCACGCAGAUGCUGGAAUCCAUGGUGAAGAAACCGCGCGCCACGAGAGCCGAAACGUCGGACGUCGCCAAUGCCAUUCUCGACGGCGCUGAUUGUGUCAUGUUAUCAGGUGAAACCGCGAAAGGAGAUUAUCCGUUGGAAUGUGUUCGCACGAUGGCCAACAUUUGCAAGGAGGCGGAGGCCGCGAUUUGGCAAACCCAGAUCUUCCACGAUUUGUCGAGCAAAGCUUUGCCGCCCAUUGACGCUACGCAUGCAGUUGCCGUUGCUUCUGUGGAAGCGUCUGUUAAGUGCUUGGCCAGUGCCAUCAUCGUCAUCACGACAUCCGGUCGAUCCGCGCAUCUGAUCGCGAAGUACAGACCUCGUUGUCCCAUCAUCGCGGUCACCAGGUUCCACCAAGUUGCUCGACAGGCUCACCUGUAUCGCGGAAUAUUACCGUUAUACUACGAAGAAUCACCAUUGGCCGAUUGGUUGAAGGACGUGGACGUGCGUGUGCAGUUCGGAUUGAACUUUGGCAAGAGUCGUGGCUUUGUAAAAACCGGUGAUUCCGUAGUAGUCGUGACAGGCUGGCGGCAGGGCUCCGGCUUCACGAACACACUUCGCAUCGUGAACGUCGACUAAACCUCGGAAAUAUAUACGGAAAUGUAUACUCGGAAAAAGAGAACAUAGAAAACACGAUCUUCAUGGAUGUAGAUAUUAUAAUAUAAAAGAUAUUAUAAUAUAUAUAUAUAUACAUAAAAAAAGGUUACCACGUGAUAUUCAAACGUGUAUGUGUGUGUGAAUGAUACGUCAUUCUUCCACACAAAAAAAA